AUGCACGCCAGGCCUUGUAGUCCAUUGGCUGAGUCCUAUCGCGAAGGCCCUCCCAGGAGAACUACAUUUCCCAGAGUUCUUCUUGGCAGCGGCCGUAAAGCGCGGCGGUCGAACGGCCGGUUCCGGCUGAAUGUCAGUGCUGGGCUGUGGGCCGGGGAAGGAAGGUGGUUGGCGAUCUCAGGAUCACCUCCACGGCUACCUCCACUUGUCCUGCUGCCGCGAGCGCCGGGCCGCUCGGCUGGGGGGGAUGGGGAGGUGGGCGGGGGCCAUGGCAAGUCCUCCCGUAACAUCCACUCCUUGGACCACCUCAAGUAUCUGUACCACGUUUUGACCAAAAACACCACAGUCACAGAACAGAACCGAAACCUGCUGGUAGAGACCAUUCGUUCCAUCACCGAGAUCCUGAUUUGGGGAGAUCAAAAUGAUAGCUCUGUAUUUGACUUCUUCCUGGAGAAGAACAUGUUUGUCUUCUUCUUGAACAUCCUGCGGCAGAAAUCAGGCCGCUACGUGUGCGUUCAGCUGUUGCAGACCUUGAACAUCCUCUUUGAGAAUAUCAGUCACGAGACCUCGCUCUAUUAUCUGCUGUCUAAUAACUAUGUAAAUUCUAUUAUUGUCCAUAAAUUUGACUUCUCUGAUGAGGAGAUUAUGGCAUAUUAUAUAUCAUUCCUGAAAACACUUUCGUUAAAGCUCAACAACCACACCGUCCAUUUCUUUUACAACGAGCACACCAAUGACUUUGCCCUAUACACAGAAGCCAUCAAAUUUUUCAAUCACCCUGAAAGCAUGGUUCGGAUUGCUGUAAGAACCAUAACUUUGAAUGUCUAUAAAGUGUCAUUGGACAACCAGGCCAUGCUGCACUAUAUCAGAGAUAAAACUGCCGUCCCUUACUUCUCCAAUUUGGUCUGGUUCAUUGGGAGCCACGUGAUUGAACUUGACACCUGUGUGCAGACCGAUGAGGAGCACCGGAAUCGGGGGAAACUGAGCGACCUAGUAGCUGAGCACCUAGACCACCUGCACUAUCUCAAUGACAUCCUGAUCAUCAACUGUGAGUUCCUCAACGAUGUGCUCACAGACCACCUACUGAACAGGCUCUUCCUGCCGCUCUAUGUGUACUCCCUGGAGAACCCGGACAAGGGAGGAGAACGACCAAAAAUCAGCCUGCCAGUGUCUCUCUAUCUUCUGUCCCAGGUCUUCCUCAUCAUACAUCAUGCGCCACUGGUGAACUCGUUAGCUGAAGUCAUUCUGAACGGUGAUCUAUCUGAGAUGUACGCUAAGACUGAACAGGAUGUUCAGAGGAGUUCUGCCAAGCCCAGCAUUCGGUGCUUUAUUAAACCCACCGAGACGCUCGAGCGGUCCCUUGAGAUGAACAAGCACAAGGGCAAGAGGCGGGUGCAAAAGAGACCCAACUACAAAAACGUUGGGGAGGAAGAAGAUGAGGAGAAAGGGCCUGCCGAGGAUGCCCAGGAAGACACCGAGAAGGCUAAAGGUACAGAGGGUGGUUCAAAAGGCGUGAAGACGAGUGGGGAGAGUGAAGAGAUUGAGAUGGUGAUCAUGGAGCACAGCAAGCUCUCAGAGUUGGCCGCCAGCACCUCUGUGCAGGAGCAGAAUACUACGGACGAGGAGAAGAGCGCUGCUGCCACAUGCUCCGACAGCCUGCAGUGGAGCAGACCCUUCCUGGAUAUGGUGUACCACGCUCUGGACAGCCCUGAGGACGAUUACCAUGCCCUCUUCGUGCUCUGCCUCCUGUAUGCCAUGUCUCACAACAAAGGCAUGGAUCCUGAAAAACUAGAGCGAAUCCAGCUGCCAGUGCCAAAUAUGGCCGAGAAGACCACCUACAACCAUCCGCUGGCCGAGAGACUCAUCAGGAUCAUGAACAAUGCUGCCCAGCCAGAUGGGAAGAUCCGUUUGGCCACACUGGAGCUGAGCUGCCUGCUCCUGAAGCAGCAAGUCCUGACCAGUUCCAGCUGUAUCAUAAAGGAUGUGCACCUGGCCUGCCUGGAGGGUGCGAGAGAAGAGAGUGUCCACCUGGUGCGGCAUUUCUAUAAGGGGGAAGAAAUUUUUUUGGACAUGUUUGAAGAUGAGUACAGGAGCAUGACAAUGAAGCCCAUGAACGUUGAAUAUCUCAUGAUGGACGCUUCCAUCCUGCUGCCUCCAACAGGCACACCCCUGACGGGCAUAGACUUCGUGAAGCGGCUGCCCUGUGGUGACGUGGAGAAGACCCGGCGGGCCAUCCGUGUGUUCUUCAUGCUGCGAUCCCUGUCGCUGCAGCUGCAAGGGGAGCCCGAGACCCAGCUGCCAUUGACUCGAGAGGAGGACCUGAUCAAAACCGAUGACGUCCUGGACCUGAAUAACAGUGACCUGAUCGCGUGCACAGUGAUCACCAAGGAUGGUGGCAUGGUCCAGCGAUUCCUGGCUGUCGAUAUUUACCAGAUGAGUCUGGUGGAGCCCGACGUGUCCCGGCUUGGCUGGGGAGUGGUCAAGUUUGCAGGCCUUCUCCAGGACAUGCAGGUGACUGGUGUGGAGGACGACAGCCGUGCCCUGAACAUCACCAUCCACAAACCUGCAUCCAGCCCCCAUUCCAAGCCCUUCCCCAUCCUGCAGGCCACCUUUGUCUUCUCUGACCACAUCCGCUGCAUCAUCGCCAAGCAGCGCCUGGCCAAGGGCCGCAUCCAGGCGAGGCGCAUGAAGAUGCAGAGGAUAGCUGCACUCCUGGACCUCCCAAUCCAGCCAACAACUGAAGUCCUGGGAUUUGGACUUGGCACCUCCGCUUCCACCCAGCACCUGCCUUUCCGCUUCUAUGAUCAGGGCCGCCGAGGCAGCAGUGACCCCACGGUGCAGCGCUCUGUGUUCGCAUCUGUGGACAAGGUGCCAGGCUUUGCCGUGGCCCAGUGCAUAAACCAGCACAGCUCCCCAUCCCUGUCGUCGCCGUCACCGCCUUCCGCCAGUGGGAGCCCCAGCGGCAGCGGGAGCACCAGUCACUGUGACUCGGGAGGCUCAUCUUCCACGCCCUCUGCGGCCCAGAGCCCAGCAGACGCCCCCACAACUCCAGAACAGCCUCAGCCUCACCUUCCUGACCAGCUGGAGAUCGUCAAUGAAACAGAAGCAGAAGCCAAGCCCAGCAAGAACUCAGCCAGGGGCGCAGAGGUGGAGACGGCGCACCUGUCCCCCAGCCUCCUCCCCGCCCAGCAGCCCACCAUCUCCUUGCUCUAUGAGGACACUGCUGACACGCUGAGCGUCGAGUCACUGACCCUGGUCCCCCCGGUGGAUCCCCAUAGCCUUCGCACCCUCACUGGCCUCCCCCAGCCUCCCACACCAGCCACACCGUGCCCAGAGAGCCCGGAUGAGGAGGCCUCAUGUGCGGGACCUGCAGGCCCCGCUGAGCACUGAACAGGUGCCGGUCCUCCCCUUGUGUGUGCAGCCCGCUGUGAGGACCUCUGGAAGAGCAGUCUGGGGUCCACGGAUGCAGAUGACAGCCAUGGCUGCCUCACGGAGUCCAGCAGCCCAGGUGGCAGGACCCACCGGCACCCCUCCCUUCCAUCAGGCAGGCCCUGUCACCUCCGUGUGCACAGAAGAAUCGGGCGGACAAGGUCACUUUGGAUAUCAGGUUGUAGAAAAGCAAGCAGAUCAGCGUCUCUUUUGGCUAUUUAUUUCUAGUUUUGGCAGCAGAUAAAAAGCAUUUAUUUAAAAAGCACCUACUUGAGAGGGAAAAAAUCCUCAACCCCAAGGUUUGGUGUCAUGGUAAAAGUGUGAUGAUACAGUUAAGGUUUCCUUUUCCCUCGAAUUUGUCAGCGUUUUGUCUUAGGGUUCUUGGUGUCACUUUCUCCACUUUCUUAAAUGAUUCUUCUUUCUCUACUAACCCUGCCAGCCUGUGGAAUGAUAACAUACUGUCCUGAGAAGUUUAGAUUGUUUUGAAACACCAUGGAGGAGAUACACACACUCUCAGUCAGGUCCACAUGCAGCGUGAGGGCGGGAAGUUGUUGGGCUGCUUUGUUAGCGAGGUCUUGAUGUGACUGUGUGACCACAGCCCACUCAGUUCUCACACCACACAGGGACCGGCAUCCAGCCUCACCUGCAGCUGAUGGCAUCUCUGUUUACCUGCGAAGCCACUGGGGACCGUGUGGACUCCAGACCAGAAGGCAUCCUUGCUGUCCCCUGCGGGCAUGUACACCCCGAGAGAGGGUGCUGGCUGCAAGGGCAGCAGGGCUGAGCACCGAGCGCGUCUCUCUGACCUCUUCUCUCUCCCCUGCCCUCUUGUGCUCACUCGGUGCGGGUGACUCAGACAGACUCCACCCAGCUUCCAGAUGUUCUUUCACCCCUGGCCAGACACAGUGGGUGACCCCUCACCUCUGAAAUGCAGGGAGACCCUCCCCAGCUUCCCUGCAGGUGUGCCCACACAGUGCUGUGACCAGCACACCCGGCUCUCUGGUGGCCUCAGGAGACAUGCCAUGAUCUGGCCUCACCACCUCUGCGCAGCCAGCUUCCCGCUGAGUGGUACCAUGAGACCAGGUCUGUGCAGUCAGGUGGGAGGAAAGACGUGGUCCCCGGGGAGAGGCCCAUGCCUUCCAGCCAUGUGUUCCACGGGCCAUGUGUUCUGCCUGAUCUUUUAGAGGGAUGCAGGGGGACAUGGAGCAGAAGCCCCACAGCCAUGUCCUUCUGGUUUUGGAAUGGCUUUUUUGGUGCAGCAGAGAUGAGAGAAAGCAGUGAUCCCCUGCCCAGCACUGUAAGGAUGAAAACCCACGCAGGUGGGACCACCAACUGCUGCCUGAAAUUAGUGGCUCCGAUGGGCCUCACGGUAGAGGUGGCAGCUGGCCCCUUGGGCUCUGACGAAGGACCUGCCUCACCCAGGUCUUGGCCAUCCUGGUGGUAGAGGACACAGCUGUGUAUUCAGGAGUACCCCACAAACCUACCAUCUGGGGCCCUCCCACACCAGCCAGCCCAGACAGAACAGGGAGGGAUCUGGGCGAGCCCAUUGCUGGGGCCACAGCUCCUGCCUGCAGGUCCUGCAGCGGCAUCUGGGGUGACCCCUCCGACACCCACCCAUCCACCGCCUCUGAGUCCUGUGGAGAGCACCUUGGCCUGCUCUGUCACCUUCCCCAAGUCCACUGCCGGGCCCAUUGGGCUUGCUUAGCGGCGCUGGCCACUGAAUCCCCGAGCCUCUCUGCUUCAAAAGUGGCACAUUGCUUUCUGGUUUAGAGGCAUGGGCACCCAGGACAGCCAGAGGAGCAGGCCCCCUGCCGCCCUGCCCUGCCUGGCUGCUCUCCGCAGAAGGCGGCUCCCUCUCACCACCCUCGUCCAGAUGCCUGCAUUACCGAGCGUUCCGGGCAUGGGUGACAAAACGCACCUCCUAAAGACAGGCAUUGAGUUUCUCUGUGGCCUCCAAGAUGCACUGUUUUUAAAAAGGCACUGGUGAGCCAAUUCUGAUCUUUUCUAGAUGCAAUAAAUAUGAAACGUGUAACG